AUGGCAUUUCAAAUAAUGCAAAUCGAGGCUUUAGCUGCACUAGUGACUACCCCCCCCCCCAAAAAAAAACCAGAAAAACCCAAUCAAUUUGCUCAAAGAAUCAAAUUCCUUUUCCUUCUCUUCUCUCUCUGGCUCCUCAAGAUUGAAAUUGGCGUUCAAAAUCUGAAGAGGAGCUUGCUACUCUGGUCGCCAAUGGCGUCGUCGGUCCUUCUCCGUCUUCUGCUUCUGUUAUCUCUGACGGCGCCAUCGUUCGCCGCCGGUUCAAAGGACUACGUCCUCGGCGAGGAUAACGGCCCCACCUCUCCCACCUGCAACAACCCUCUGCUGAUGUUGAAGGUUGAACGGUGGUUGAACGGUGAAGAAGGCAAGACUAUUGAGGGGGUUGGUGCAAAAUUUGGGGCUUUGUUUCCUGCUGAAGCCGAAGAGGCACUGAAAUUGCCAGUUGUUGUCUCCAACCCCUUGAAUGGCUGCAACAAAUCCUUGUCAAAGUUAUCUGGAGCUAUUGCAUUGUCGAUGCGUGGUGAUUGUGACUUCUCCACCAAGGCACAAGUUGCACAAGCCGGAGGUGCUAAGGCGUUGUUGGUGAUAAAUAAUGAACAAGAGCUUGCCAUCAUGGGCUGUCCUGACAAUCACACUUUGAAUGUUUCAAUAUAUGUUGCGAUGGUUACAAAGUCCGAUGGAGAGGAUCUCAAGAAAUCUGUUGAGGGUGGAAAGAAAGUGGAGAUUCUAUUUUAUUCUCCCAAGCGUCCGCUGGUGGACUACUCUGUUGCAUUUUUAUGGUUGAUGUCUGUUGGGACAGUAAUAGCGGCUUCAUAUUGGAAAACAAUUACUGUUGUCGAGCAAAAUGAUGAUCCUUACAAUGAACUAGCAGAAAAGGAUUCUAGGGCGGGAUCAGCAAAAGGAGAUUCUGAGGAUGAAACUUUAGUUCUUAAUGUUGGAGGUGCUGUGUUUUUUGUCAUCAUCGCAUCCACUAUGCUGUUACUACUAUACUUUUUUAUGUCUACUUGGUUUGUGUGGGUGCUGAUCGUUCUUUUCUGCAUUGGCGGUAUUCAGGGAUUGCAUAAUGUUAUCUUAGGCCUGAUUUUGAGAGCAUGGAGAAGUGGUGGACGGAAAGGAAUACAUCUGCCUAUUUUUGAAGAGGUCUCGUAUCUCUCACUUGUUGUAUUACUCGUCUCUGUGGCAUUUGCAAUUUUCUGGUGUGUAACGCGGCAGGCAUCAUAUUCGUGGAUUGGCCAAGAUGUUCUUGGUAUUUGCUUGAUCAUAACAAUCUUGCAAGUCGCUCAAAUACCUAACAUCAAGGUUGCUACAGUACUACUAUGUUGUGCAUUUCUCUAUGACAUCUUUUGGGUAUUCUUGUCACCCUAUUUCUUUGAAGACAGCGUCAUGAUUGCGGUUGCUAAAGCGGACAAUGCUGGUGGUGAAGCCUUACCAAUGCUUUUGAGAGUCCCUAGAUUUUUUGACCCCUGGGGUGGGCAGAAUAUGAUUGGGUUUGGGGACAUUAUGUUUCCGGGUUUGCUCAUUUUAUUUACUUUCAGAUUUGACAAGGAUAACAAGAAAGGGGUGCUCAAUGGAUACUUUUUAUGGUUGGUAAUUGGCUAUGGAAUGGGGCUUUGCUUCACAUACUUGGGCUUGUACCUCAUGAAUGGCAAUGGUCAGCCUGCACUCCUCUAUCUUGUUCCGUGUACACUAGGUAUUACAUAUAUUUUGGCUUGGUCAAGAGGUGAGGUGAAACGACUUUGGAAUUAUGGCACAGAGCUUUUUGCUACUCUUGGUGUUCCUCAACAAAGCAAUACUUCACCUAGAGUUUGAGUUCCCAAUUGUACAUGGAAAGGUUCUCCACAAAGCAAUGGUAUAAAGAGGUUCAUUCAUUUCAUUUGUGAAGAGCUUGCUUAACUCUGGGCAUGUGUAAAGGAUAAUACUCAUAAUAGUGUCUAUACCAUUUGAACCAUUCAGUUACCUCUUGCUUGUGUAAGUAUAACCAAGGAUCAUGCCAUGCGUUAUAUGACUUA